AAAUGAGAGCUUGGUGAAAUAUAAUUAUUGUCGAAGUGGGAUAGAAUCUUUCACCAAUCUUCGUGAAUGUGCUAUGAUCAUAGUGCCGAACAUUGAUUCCUAAGUGCACUCAGAAUUUGAUGAUUGGAAACAAAAGAUUUGCCUUCAAAUGAUUGAAUCUCAAAGGCUGCAUCUCAAGAAUACUAUUGCAAGCUUGAUACACAACUGCAAGAACAUCAGGGAGCUCAAUCAAAUCCAUUCCCACGUCGUAGUAUCACCAUAUUUAUCCCCAAAUGAUCGAUCUUUUCUCAUCUCUCGCCUCUUUUUCUACCUCUGCACCGUCUCCGAGUCACCAGUCUCUCUCCACCACGCCAAGAAAAUCUUCAAUCUAAUUCCAAACCCGAGUCUUUUUGUAUAUAACGCCAUGAUCAGAGCAAAUGCGACGAAAAUAAAGGACCCUAGAUCGUGUCAGUCCUUAUUUUUGUACAAAGAGAUGCUGGGUAGUGGUCUGGUACCUGAUUGUAUAACUUUCCCCUUUAUGCUGAAGGAAUGCUCGAAAAGAGUUGAUUGGUUCACUGGUCGGAGCAUCCAUGUCCAUGCAUUGAAGUUUGGAUAUGAAGACGAUGUUUACGUGCAGAAUGCUUUGAUAAGUUUGUAUUCGGAGUGUGGGAUUUUAGAGGAUGCAAGGAGGGUGUUCGAUGGAAUGUCCAACAGGGAUGUGGUUUCUUGGAAUACGAUGAUUGUAGGGUGUUUGAGAGGUGGCGAGCUUGAUGAGGCAUUGGCUUUAUUUAGGGAAAUGAAGGAGAGGAGAAAUAUUAUUACUUGGAACUCGGUGAUCACGGGUUUAGUUCAAGGGGGAAGAGCGAAGGAGGCUUUAGAUAUUUUUCAUGAAAUGCAAAUUGCAGCUGAUACAGAGGAUACAGUCUGCCCAGACAAAAUAACGGUGGCAAGUGCACUUUCGGCUUGUGCUGCUCUUGGUGCCAUUGAUCAAGGAAAGUGGGUGCAUAGUUACUUGGAAAGAAGUGGGAUGGAAUGUGAUAUGGUGAUAAGGACAGCUUUGGUGGACAUGUAUGGGAAAUGUGGUUGUGUUGAUAGAGCGUAUGAGGUUUUCAAGGGGAUGCCCAAUAAGGAUGUUUUGGCAUGGACGGCCAUGAUUUCAGUGUUAGCACUUCAUGGGUAUGGGAAUGAGGCCUUUGAGCUUUUCAAAGAGAUGGAAGCAGUGGGAGUGAGGCCUAAUGCUGUGACGUUUGUAGGACUGUUGUCUGCCUGUGCUCACUCAGGUCUUGUGGAGAAAGGUCGUCGGUGCUUUGAUAUGAUGAGACAUGUUCACUGUAUUGAGCCCCAGGUCCAACAUUAUGCUUGCAUGAUUGAUAUACUUGGUCGAGCUGGGCUUUUCAUUGAGGCCGAAGAGCUUAUUAGAACUAUGCCAAUGAAGCCAGAUGUUUUUGUUUGGGGUGCACUACUUGGAGCCUGUCAAUUGCAUGGAAAUAUUAAAUUAGGAGAAAACAUAGCUCGGUACUUGAUUGAUCUAGAACCUGACAACCAUGCUUUCUACAUUAUAUUGUGUGAUUUAUACGCCAAAUCUGGUAGAUUUGAUGAUCAGAAGAGAGUUAGAUCUUUGAUGAAAGACCAAGAUAUAAGGAAGUCAGUUCCGGGUUCCAGCAUGAUUGAAGUUGAUGGCAUUGUCUACGAAUUUUCAGUGAAAGGAUCACCUGAGAUGCUGAUGGAAGCCUUACAGAGUGUAUUGAUGUUAUUAAGUAAUGAGAUGAAAAUAGAAAGGAAUAUAGGCAGUAUCAUCAGGUAAUCAUUUAAGAAUGAAAAUUAUGGGCGCAUGAAGGUCUGUGUCUUGCUCUUAAGCAACAUUUAUCUUGUGUUAGCCACAUUCAUUUGAGAUAUUGGAACAAUAAUGCCAAUGCGGCCAACCAUGCACCAGAAUUCAAGAAUAUGGAACUUAAGCCUGGUACCUUUGUCUCUCAUAUUGUGUUUUGUUUUCUUUAGAAGAGUUCAUGUGAGAGUACAAGAGAUAUUUGCAUUUUGUUGUGCACAUCAGUUAGUCCAGAUAUAGCACUUACAGUUACAGCAUGCAACGACAAAUUAGGGCAAGCCUAUAAAAUUGUGUCUAGAUCAAUACAAUGUUAUAAUAAACAAGUGUCGUUACUGUACAAACUACUUAUACAAAGUAGAAAAAGCUUUUUUCUCCACAUCAAUUGGCGACGAGAUUGGUAUACCAUAUAUAAACUACAAUAAAUUCCUGUUUGCUUUUAUGAAAGAAAUCU